AAAUGGAAAUGCAUUGCUGAUAACAAUUGCAUACAGCGUCUGCGCCUCAGUUCCUGUUAGCUGGCUCUCUGUUCUCAACUUUUCUCUUUAUGAUCUGGGAAUGCAUCAGGACGACGCCAUGUGGGUGGGACUCUCAGCCAUACUGGUUGCAGGAGCGAUCAGCCUGUCGCUAGCGCGUCUAACAGACCUAGUUUAUGGUCAUAUCAAGGUAUCACUCAUGGCUUUCAUGAUUAUAUCUUUGUGCUGCUUCUAUUGGUUCUACCUCUUGACAGUGGGCGCCAUCGUCAUAACAAAAGGGCAGAUUUUUAGUUCUGUGGUGAUUGGCAUAUCAUUCAAUUUUGCCACUACUCCACUCUUCUUUGAGAUGAGUGUGGAGUGCUCUUACCCCUGUCCGGAGAUUAUUGUUGCCGGCCUCCUCACCGGAGCUAUGAACUUUAUUGAGCUGGUCUUCCUCUUUAUGUUUCUAAUACCUGAUAUAGGCUACAAGUGGGUAACAUACGUCCUCCUGAGUACUGGUUCACUCUCAAUAAUUCCCGUUCUGCUUAUGAAGGAAGAUUAUUCCAGAUCAAACAUUGACCGCAAUGUUGGCUCGCGGACCCCAAGAGAAGUUCCAGAUCUCCACAUCAAUUAUCUCUGAUAUAACAUAAAAAAUACUGCACAUACAAAUCUAGCUUACAAAUGUGAAAUUUUCAUUGAAUAUUUUUUGUCAACCUAAUUAAAAUCUUUUCAGUUGUAGAUAACAAAUUUGCAGACUGUAAUUACAUUUAAAUCUUUAUUAUAAUUAUUAUGUUGCAAAGAGUUAAUAAACUAAUAUAUUUAAUAUGCUCUAGUGGAUAGCAUGAGUGUAUUGAAGGAAAAGUAAACAUAUUUAUUUGAUCAUGUGUAAGGCACUUGCUUUAUCUUUGUGGCUUCGAUUAUGUACGAGGUACCUGCUUUAUGCACAAUGAACUCACAUUAAUGAGAUGUAUAAAUGAGAAAUUCAAAAGGAGCCAUGAGGACGAUUCGAACCUGCACAAUUGUUGCUCCCAAGCAAACGCUUCUUGACAAAUGAAUAAUGAAAUCACAUUUACAUGAUACAUCACGUUAAGAGGUAGGAUACAUCGCAUUGGAGGUAUAACUACUGGAUAACAAGUCAGGGGACAUGGGGGACAAUAUUUGAAACCGUGAGUGGGCUUCAGUUGGAAGCCUCAGGAACCCCUAGAGGAUUCAGUGGAAUCCCAGAUUGCAUUACAUUCUGACCAUGUUGUAGUGAAGUAGUCUAGGGCAUUUGCCUGGGAGUACCAAGUGAGAUGGUUAGAAUCCUCUUCAUGCUCCUACAGACUUUUUACGGGCUUUAUCUGUGUAAGAAUAAAAUAUGAUAUACAAGCUUCAGUCAA